GAAUUAGGUAAGCAGGGCUGAACCCCUAAAAAAAAAGCGGGCAAGGGUGUAAUUGAGGAUCAGGUGUGGAGUGAGUGCCGUUUCCUCGUGGGUUUGCUUGGUCAGUGAGUGGAUGAAUCGUGGUGUGUUGGUUUGAGCGCUCGCCUCACAAGCAGAGGGUCCGGUUUCGUUAAGUGUUAGCGUGUUGUCGUUCCAGCCUGUGACCUCCCUGUGCGAUGAGAUGAGAUGAGGAAGGAGUGGCGUUCCGCCUUGCUCGUGGGCGAGGGUAACUUUUCCUACUCGGCCGCUCUGUGCCACAGUGCGGAGCCUGGAUCCCUUCUCGUCGCCACCUGCUUUCAGAGCGAACCAGAGGCAACCGGACACGAGGACACGGCCAGGAACAUCGCUCGCUUGUUACAGGCAGGAGCUGAAGUUCACUUCCAGGUGGACUGCACGCGGCUGCAGGAGAAUCCGGCCUUGAAAGGCCGGCUGUUCGACCGGAUUAUAUUUAAUUUCCCGCACUGUGGCAGGAAGGCCGGGGUCCGAAGGAACAGGGAACUCCUAGCCAAGUUUUUCCUCAGUUGUGCAGAUACAUUGGCAGCGGAUGGCAGUGUGACCGUUGCCCUGUGCAGCGGGCAAGGCGGGACCGCGGCUGACCUGCCAAUGAGGGAGUGGCACAACAGUUGGCAGGUGGUUGCCUUGGCAGCGGAGGGGGGUCUCAUUCUGACUGACGUGCUGCCGUUUGACCACACGCACUGCUCCGGCUACACCAGCACCGGCUACAGGAGUCAAGAGAAGUCGUUCAGGCAGCAGGGAGCCCUGACCCACGUGUUCUCGCGGAGCCUCCCCCACAAACGAGCGGACCCCGGGGUCCUGGAAGCCGAGGUCGAUGGCGAGAGACGCUCCUUCCUCGUCCCUGGGGAACUUGCCGACAAGAUUGACAGGAAUUUCCUGGAGAAGGAUUCCAAGCAUCCGGUCAACGUGGUUAAGGAGCAGCUCCUGAAGGAGCUCGGGAGGAGCCUGAGCGUCUGUGAGCUGGAGAGCGAGUGCCCGCUGGUGGCUCGAGCUUGCCCUCGCUCUGUCGCCAUCGACCUGGAGCCGGAGGUCGGACCGGACGCCGUGUAUUUCCUUCGCGGAGCGGAGCGACUGGUCAGGAGCGAGAGACUGGAUCCCGGGGACUCCGACCGCUUCCCUCUUCCCCCUGGAGCGAGCGAGGAGACGGAGAGCUACCGGCUGCGGCCCAGCCUGACCGGCCAUGUGGCCGGGGUCUCGCGACGGCCUGACUUCCGGCCCGGAACGCUGUACGCGCUGAGCGGCGAGGUGUUCAGGAAGCGCCCGGUCGCGCCGCUCUCCCUGCCGGCGUUUCACCAGCUGGUGCUGGUCGGGGUGCCCAGAGACGGAGGGCUUUGCCCAUCUCUGCUCGCGGGCGCCAUCCAGUGCUUGACCUCCCUGCGGGGGGAGGUGACGGUCGAGCCGGGCGCCGCCGGGAAACGCUGGGACGUCUGCGUCAGAGACGAGCUGCGGCCGGACGUUCCCGAGCUGGUGGUCGGGAGUGUCACUGCCGACCGGCUUGGUGUCGCGCCUAGUGUCACCGCCCUCAACCUGGACCUCUUGGCUCUGUGGUGUUACCGCAUCCCGGACUGGAGGCUGCUGUGGACCUGGGACGGGCGUUUCCUGGGGGGCUUCGUUCCGCCCGGACCCUUCUCCACCUUUUCCUUGCACCCACCCUGUUACACGCACGACCUGAGCUUCUGGGAGCCGGGGCCGGGGCCGGGGCCGGGGCGAGGCUGGGACGAGCUGGAGUUCCAGGCGCUGGUCAGGCGGGCGAGCGGUGAGGCGGUCAGGGAGGUGUUGCUGCUCGAGCGCUUUCUCCACGCCGAGAGCGGGAGAGCGAGUCGCUGUUACCGGCUGCUGUACCAGUCGUGUGACAGAGCCCUGUCUCGCCAGCGCGCGCUCGAGAUCCAACUGCAUCUCCGGCAGGAACUCCAAACGACUUUCAGAGUCGUUCUCCGGUAACGUGGCCCCUCCCUCGGAUGAGACGUUAAACCUCACGCCCCGUCGUGUUCCGUCCCGUCCCGUCCCCACCUGUUCAAGUGGACGUUAAAUUCUCCCCGUGAAGCUAUACA